ACCUUUCAGCGCCCUGUAACAAUCCCCACCCGGGCAUGUUUCUCCGACGCACCUGGUCGCAGACGCAACGUUUGAAAUGGCUGUCACCCUUCACACAGAUUUAGGAGAAAUUAAGAUAGAAUUGUUCUGCGAGCGAACCCCGAAAGCAUGUGAGAACUUUCUUGCGCUGUGUGCCAGUGGGUUCUACAAUGGCUGCAUCUUCCACAGAAACAUUAAAGGCUUCAUGGUUCAGACUGGAGACCCUACAGGCACAGGUAAAGGAGGAACGAGCAUAUGGGGUCGCAAAUUCGAAGAUGAGUACAGCGAACACUUAAAACAUAACGUAAGAGGAGUGGUCUCGAUGGCAAACAAUGGCCCAAACACGAACGGCUCCCAGUUUUUCUUCACGUACGCCAAACAGCCCCAUCUGGACAUGAAGUACACAGUGUUUGGAAAGAUUAUCGAUGGCUUGGAAACACUGGACGAACUGGAGAAGCUGCCUGUGAAUGAAAAGACGUUCCAACCGCUGACUGAAACCCACAUUAAAGAUGUGACCAUUCAUGCUAACCCUUUCGCCGGAUAGCUGGUUUCACCUCAGAAGUACAGAUAGGCCUCUAAUGCAGACAUGGAUAUUUUCCAUAAAUCACUUGAUACAGUGUGUGUUGCCUUGCCAAAGUUAAAAUGAAUAACUUGUCAGGGGGUAGAAAUUGGAGAGAAAACCACCCAGACAUUGAUGAUUGACAACGCGCUAACUGUGAGGCGGCAAAGUGCCGAGUUGUCUUCACAAAAUUCAUGCUUCAUACAUCAGCUUUUUCAAGUAGGAAUGAUAUCCCAGAGUUGAAUUUUACUGUCACUGUCGAUGGAGUAGUGCCAGAUUUUUGUAACUUGAAGCUGAAGUGCGGAACUUUAACUUAUAAAUGAACCUCCAUCGCAUUCAGGCCCUUCCCCAGUGAGUUCACACAAUACUGACUAAGCUUCUCAGUACCAAGUAAAUCUCUGGAUUUGGCAGUAUGCUACAGUUUGAGGUCUGUGACGGUAUAUAUGCACUGGUAGUAGUACACCAGUAGCGACACAUUUUAUGUCAACAAGCAAUGAGGGGUUUGUCGGCUGAAGAAGGUCAACUUGGACUAUGCUCUGAGAAGAGUUUAUAAUGCUCCAGAUUAAAAAAAAAAAAAAAAAAAGAAAACUUGCCUUUCAGGGGAAGAAUUGCAGUCUAAAAAAUAAUCUGAUGGUCAGCAAGGCAUGAAUCAGAAGCACAGUUAACAGUAACUUUGUAUUUACCCACUGCUGGAAGAGAGAGACCAAAGUUCUGCACUGCAGGUUUCAUAUGAAAUUCAGGAGGAGCCAUAGACCGCAUAUAGAAGAUGAACAUAGCCAUCGUGACAUCCUCCAUGGUCUUGUGGACUAUCAGUUGAGUCGAGUUCUAAAUUUGGCUGUCUUUUGAAACGAGAUCUAUAAAGUAAAAUGUGGAUCUGAUUGGUGCGAUACCGACCUGUCAGUCACAAGGUAGCCCCACCUUAAAGCAUACCCUGCCUUCUUGUCUGUUUUACUUAAAAUGGAACCACCAUACUGCAUUAAAUCAGGCCUUAAAGUAGCCAUAGAUACCAUAAACUCAUUAGGAAAAUGUUCACUGAGCUUAUGAAACAAGAAACAAAUAGGGUCAUUUUCUCAUAGACUUCUAUACAGUUGGACUUGUUUUGCCACCAGAGGAGUCGCCCCCUACUGGCUGUUAGACAGAAUGCAGGUUUAAGGUUAGCAUUAGUCUGACUCACUGGAUAUAGACUACAGGUAUUGGCCUGCCAUUAGUCAGAGUAUUCUGUAGUACUGAAUGGUCUGGCUGCACCACACUAUCAUUCUGUUAUCAGUGAAGAAAAACACUUGUUUGUAUUUCUUUAAACCUAUGACAGGCUGUGGCGUUUUUAUGACAGGUUGAAUGAUUUUUGUGGAACAUUUGCAGACAGGAAGAUGGACACUAAAAUGAAUUAUCCAUUGAGAAAAAUGACCAGAUUUUCCACAAAACUCGGAAGAUUUCGAUGUCAUAGGUUGCUGCCCAGAGGUGUUAGUGGUUGUUGUUUCCUGUAGGAAAGAAAUCAGUAAUGCACAGAUAGUGGAAGGGAAGGACAAAGCCACCUGAAGUUAGCAGUCAGCCAAUGGCAGGCUUAUAUCUGUGUCUGGAGUCAGACUAGUCUGCCAUUGUCCAUCAAUUUCAAACAGCUUUCUCCUCCCCUUCCACUAUCUAUAUGUUACUUUUUAAAAAAAUCCCCUUGACUGUGCUAAACAGCAACCUCUGGCCUUGCAACCUACCACCCAAAGGUUUGGAUCAUACAAUAAGUCAGCCUUGAUAGUAUUUUUCUUUUGCAGAAUUAGUAAUUUUCAUGACCACCUCCCUGCAUGCAAAUGUUUCACCAAAAUUCCCUGUCACUGUGUGAAUGGGGCACCAUCCCUGCAUCCUGGGCUUAGCACCACUAAAGACAAUUGUGAUAGGUUUAAAGAAACACAAAUAUCGUUUCCUCUAAAGCAAAAUAAUUAAUAGGUGCAGCCAGACCAAUCUGUACAGUCCUGUGUCGGCUCUAGAAAAUGGCUGCGCAAGACUAUUUCUACAUUGAUUUCACUUUUUGGACAGUGAAAUUACAUCUGUCUUUUAUAUAGAGUCUGUUGGUCUUUGCUUUCUCCAGUUUGCUUUGUAUGAUGAGGGAUUUAAUAAAAGUGUAGGUUAUUCAACUGUCCCCAGAAUGAAACCAUGUCUGACAUUCUUUCCAUUUUUCGUCAAUGUUUUGUAUUAAAUAAAAUUUUUAUAAUUUGAA